UCGUGUCAGUCAGUACCCCGCUGUUCGCGCGUAUGCGCACCUGCGCGCGUCACCUGUCUCCAAAACUAACGAUCUGUGAAGUGUCAAGUGCUAAUCUGUUGUGACCUGGAACUAUCACCUCUUUAUCACAUAAAGGGAUUUAUCUUGGAUUAGUUCCAUUCAGUGUUUGACUUUAUCCGGCUUCUCGCGGUCUGCCACGCAAUACAUGAUAUUGUCUGAUAUACAUUUGAAUCUUCACUCAUGUUCAGGCAAUCAAGAGCAGAUGGCGUAGACAAGCGGACAAAGAUAUCCAUCACAAAUGUUGUUAAGCAAUCUAAUGGAAGACGAAGCAAUUUCGACGAACAAAUUGAUCACAUCAAUAAAAGGCUUCAACCCCAACGGGAGAGAGCAUGGAACUAUUAAGACGCUCCUGAAAAAUUUUAUACUACCUGAUAAUAAUAGCAUGGCUAUCAAAGAAAGUAAAAGUAACGACAAAUGUGUCUAUUCUGUCCCGAUUACAACUUUGUCGCCUGUGAAUCAUAGAAUGAAGUCUAUAAAUGAGGCCAAAAUGGCGUUUUUAAACUCCACAGUAAACAAUACGCCACCCCGGCCUCCGCCAAUUGUCAAGAAGAUUGAACCAACUGUUCAUUAUGCUCAGUUAGCAAUCACUACCUCUAGCGAAGACACCAGAAGUACAGGUGGAGGUAAAAAUAUCAAAACGAAUAGACAAGAUAUCAAAGAAAAUAAAUUAAACUCUUUACCGAUAGACAUAUCACCCAAUGUUAAGAAAAAAGUGGAACAACAACAAAGAAAAGUUAGCUUCAAAAUUAAAAAUGCAUCAACAUCUUACCGGAGGCCACCAUUAGCGAUGAAAACAAUGACAAUAAAAAGUAGUAAUGUCGCUGAAUUGACCAAGAAAUUUAACAACUUAGUGACUGAUUCCCAUAACACACCUUUCAAACAAUCCAAGCUUGUCAAAACUAUAGAAGAUUUGCAAACAAACUCUCUUUUUACGGCCAGUAACAGUUCUACACCGUCUUCAACUCUUAGCUCUAGCCCGAAUAUAAAAAUUGUUGUGCGACAGAAAAGGGGUUCUCGAAGACGAAAUAAUAGAAAACGAUGUUCCAGUAUGGAUUCUAUAGACAAAUUACUAGUAUCUGAUAAUUCUUCAACCAAAAUCGGUGUUAUUCGAUCAAAAUCUGAUGGAACAAAGAUACCAAAAUCUCCAAAACGGCAAUUAAAGUAUAAUGACGCUAGCACAAAGCAAAGUGGAUCAGAUUGUGUGGAUGGCAGCCCUGUUAAUCCGAAAGAUGCCGAACCAAAGAAAGAUAAAAAUAUGCCGCAAAACAACGUAGUGAAAAAUGUGAUUAAAAAGUUUGAAUGUGAAAUAACGGCUCAAUCAAAUGUUAGCACAUUAAAGAAAAAUAAUGAUAAUGCUAAAAGUACAAUACCCAUAAAAGAAAAACCUAAAGUACCUGAAAAGAAAUCAUCAUUAGUUUUAACGAAAAAUUUGGUAGUUAAAGAUGGUGUUCCUAAAAUAAGAACUAUAAAACCGUUAAUAAAUAAUACUAUUCAAAAACAAUGCGAACAUUUUAAACCAAGCUCGCCAAAUUCUUUAAAAAAGAAAGAACCUAUUUAUUCUUCAUACGAAAAAAAGAAAUUUAAAACAAACUAUGUACAUUUAGAAAAAUUACCCCUCAAAGUGGUUGAGAUUAUCCAAGAAGAUGUAAAUGAAAGUACUUCUAUAAUUAUAAAUUCAGAUGAUUCUCAAGGAGCUACUCCAAGUAAACAAGAUGAGGAGAAAACUUACCAAGAUUUAAGUUCAUGCAUAACCCCUAAUGAGUCGUUUUUGUGGAGAAGAAAAAGUAGUACUUAUUCAGAUAUCGAAAAAUCUCCUUCCGACAGCCCUUACAGUAUCUUAUGCAUAUCUAACAAUGAAGUUAUUGUUAAUAGUGAACAAGAUAUUCCAGAGAAGUUACUAAAACAUGAAUCUCAAAAAUUGAAAUUAGAUGAAUCUCAAAAUUGUAAUGACGGCUCGAAGAGUCCUAAAUGGGAUCCUUGUUCUGAUUUUGAGUCAAAUCUCGUCGAAGCUAUUAACAAAGAUGUUCUUGUGGGCUUCACAACUAAAUCACAGAAGAAAUCCUUGGUUGAAAACGAUUAUGAACUUUUGGAACCAAAAGAUACUGAAAACAUCACCAUCAUCCCCAUCAAAGCAGUAGAUACAACUAUAUCAUCAAAAAUAAAUUGUCCAUUGCCAGAAAUUCCCAAAAAGAGUCCUUCUGCAUCAGUCAAUGAAGUGGCAAAAGACAAUAUUUACCAGUGUCUUUUAGAGCUCCGAUCACAUCCAGAAGGUGACGAGAGCAGUUUUCAUAACUAUGAGCUUUGUGACAAUAAACUUGAAGAAAGGACACGAGGAGAUGGCGACAGCGACGAUGGAUAUGAAUAUUGUAAAUCACUCGUCAAACCUUAUUGUGUGACUUCCAGCUCGGGUAUUCAAAUAGCAGAAAACUACCGUCCUGAGGCUGAUAGUAACAGAAAGAACUAUCUAAUAUCCAAAUCUGUAAGUGGGACAUCAACUGUAAGCUACGAGAAGAUUGGAUCUGAAAGGAUUUACGAAAAGAUUCCCCCUCAUCCUAAGUCUAAGGACAGUAGUCCUAAUAGUUAUGGCAGUAGACACUCAUUUGCAUCAGAUUACACGGGGUACAACGAGUCGGAGAAUAUUUACGAUACGAUAAAACACGGGGACGGUGCUUCCUUGUCGCACUGCUACGAGAGUAUUCCAAAUAGUCCGAGUAUGGUGAAGCUGCGGAAUAAUGUGAAGAAGCAGCUAACUUCUGCGAUACAAAAACGUUUAUCAUUUGACACCGUGUCGAACAUAAGCCAUUGCACGUUAUCCAGCGAGCAGAAGACGAAUAGUAUCUACGGCCAGAGGUCUGUGUUGAGCUACAAUGGACAAGAGAUCGCGUUUCAAGUUCCUAGCAGCGAAACCAGCGUCAGUGAUAGGAGCGACGACUGGGUCGACAUAUCUGAUGAGGAGAAAAAUGAGGAGCAGAAGAUUAUUAUAGUCCAAGAAGUAAGCCGUGGAAGGAAAAGUCCCAUUAGCUGGUCUCAGAAGGUGCGGCAUCAGUGGCAAAAUUCGCCCGAGCAAAGCAACAAACAAAAAGACUGUGACAGCAGUGACUCGGGCCAUCUGUACGAGUCUCUAGAGCCGGCUCCGGCGCCACCUGCGCCUGCGCUCAUCGACGACGACUUCGACUCGUUCGACAGUGAUUCUGACGACGACCACGGACAGUAUUCACCUGCAGCGCCCGCGUUGCCAGCAUCGCGAUUACCUUCCCCACCUAUUGAGCGUGGCCAAUACACUCUAACAAAGAUUGCAAGCGCCGCCCAGCGGAAGAUGAGGCAAAUCAAACGCAACCUCACUAAGCGAUAUAGUGAAGCAAUGGACGGCAAGACAUUAAAACUAUCACCGUCGCCUCAAAACGGCACGUACGAAACAAAACCCAAACCCAAGUCUCCAAUCUACGCGAACUGCGACGACCAACACGUGUACAGCAAUAUCAGCUUCCCCGACUCGAAGCCCAUGUUAAUUAAGACUGAGAAUCCCGUGAAAGCCAACGGGUUUAAAGACGAGUUAAAGACUGCUAUAGGGGAGAAGAGAUUAAGUAACGGGGACCCCCCGCCUUUGCCAGAUAAGCCUCCUCCAGAGAAGCCAACGACUCCAACAAGUGACAAUAGUAAGAAGGAUAGUGGAACCCUGUCCAGGAAAACUUAUUUUUCGUUCAAGUCCAGGUUCAGGAGGUCUUCCUCAUCAGUAAUGGACAUAAACUCCGAUGUGCCCAGCGCACUGAAGAUCACUAAUUCUACAUUCUAUUUGACUGAUUCUAUAGAUGGGGAUUCUGGAUUUAGCAAUUGCAGCGACGGCGCCCCCGGCAGCACGGAAACCCUCUCCCCCGCAUCAGCUCCACGCCGGCGCGACGGUAGGCGACCCUGGGCGGAGUCCUCCCCCUGUCUCACUGUCGAUCGCGCUGAGCGCAGUGAUCGCAGUGAGCGCUUGUCGCGGCCCGCGGUGCCGCCGCCCCCGCCGCCCGGGCCUCACCCCCCGACUGACCUUAGCGCUGUCAACGAAGAACUGAAACGCCUGCUGCCGACGCUCUCGCGCAAGGAAAAGGGUCCCCGCACCCGCACCUCGUGGUACGCGGGCUGUGGCGCCGACACCCCGACCGUGGUGCACCACUCCACUGCGUCCUGGUACGCAGAGGCGGGCGUCCCCCCCGCGGGUCACGUGUCCUCGUCAUCAGGCGCGUCCUCCGGCUCGCACCCCGCGUCGCCUCUCCCGCGCUCGCUGUUUACGCACGAGCCUCUCUAUCAGUUCUACAACGCCGCUAAAGUCGAGUCCGUGUGCCGGGAGCUGGGCGAUUCGGACUCGGACGCGUACGAAGCGUCGGGCUCGGGCGGGGGUUCCGUGGAAGGGGCGCCGCCGAGCGCGCGCCCGUCCGCCAUGGCGCUGGUGGCGCCGCGCGGCCCUGCGCGGACACUGUGGUGCGAAGUGCCUGAGGUCGUCAACUCCGCUGUCUUGAGCUCCCUCGCCCCGGCCCAGAAGCGGCUCCAGGAGGCCAAGUUCGAGCUGCUGACGUCAGAGGCGUCAUACCUCAACUCGCUCAACGUGCUCGAGACUCAGUUCGUGUCGCACCCCGCCUUCCGCGACCCGCACGUCUUGACCAAUGAUGAUUUCCAUAUGCUCUUCGCUACCAUACUGCCGGUGCGCAAAUGCUCGCAACUCCUCAUGAACGAGCUGGAGAAGUGCUGGCAGGAGAACAUCCUGCUGACCGGCAUCUGCGAGAUCGUGAGGACGCACGCGGACCAGCACUUCCACGUCUACGUGAAGUACUGCGAGAACCAGGCGCUCAUGGUCCGCGCGCUGCAGCGGCUGAGGGACAAGCCCGCCUUCGCCGCUGCACUCAGGAGAGUGGAAUCUCACCCGGCGUGCCAGUCGCUGUCGCUGCACUCGUUCCUGAUGCUGCCCAUGCAGCGCGUCACCAGACUGCCGCUGUUGAUGGACGCGGUGCUGAAGAACCUCAGCAGAGAAGACGAGGAACACCAGAGCUGCAGGGACGCGCUCAACACUCUCAACAGCUUCGUGUCUGCGUGCAACGAAGGCGCGCGCAACACGGAGCGCGUGGAGGAGAUGUUCCGCGUGUCGCGCGCCAUCGAGUUCCCCGCGCACGUGCGCAAUGCGCCGCUGCUCGGGCCCGCCUGCUCCAGGAGGGACAAGAAGCCAGUCCGAUGGUUGGUGCGUUCGGGAGAAAUGACGCAGCUGGUGUGGAAGACGGACGAAAUGAAGCUGACCUUCGGCAAGAAGUUCCACAAGACUCCGCUCUACCUGUUCCUCUUCAACGACCUGCUCGUUAUCACCAAGAAAAAGAGCGAGGACAGCUACAUAGCUGUGGACCACUGCCCGAGGUCGCUGCUGGAGGUGUGCAGCGCGGAGGGCGCGGGUGUGGGCGGGGGCGGGGGCGGGGGCGGGGGCGCCGGCGGGGGCGCGGGGGGCGCGCGCCACGCGCUGCUGCUCACGCUGCUCGAGAACCACGAGGGACGCACCUUGGAGAUGCUAAUGUCGUGCUCAUCGGAGACGGACGCGUCGCGCUGGUCGGAGGCGCUGGCGCCCGCGGCCGCCGGCGCGGACGGGGAGGCGGUGUACGCGGGCUGGGAUUGUCCGCAGGUGGCCGCGCUCUACAGCUACACUCCCGCGCAGCCCGACGAGCUGCGGCUGGCCGAGGGCGACGUCAUCAACGUCUCCAGGAAGACCAGCGAAGGCUGGUACUACGGCGAGCGCACGCGCGACGGCGAGGCGGGCUGGUUCCCCGGCGCGUACACAGCCGAGAUCGCGUCCGCGCACGUGCGCGCGCGCAACCUGCGCCAGCGCUACCGCUUGCUGGCGCUCUCCGCCACCUACGUCGGCCAGAAGAAGCGGGUGCUUUGACAUCCUGGACCGGAACACGACUGCUUGUUUCAAUGUAAAUAUACUUGAACUCACUAAAAUGAUGCAGACUACUAGCACUCUCUGCUAUCUAUUUCGUGCAGAAGACAUGAGUGCGUUGACCUAACUAUAUGAUAGGUGGAGUGGAAGAAAAAUUGUGUUUAAUGUGUUUGUUUGAAUAGACUUCAAUUUACAGAAAAGGUAUAGAUUACUAUUUUACUGUAAUCGUCUUUGCACGUUGUACUGAAAAAGUAUUGCCUACUUGAAUGUGAAGAAAAUAUAAUUGUGAUUGUGAUAGAACAUUAUUUGAGUGGCAUUUACGUUUUAAAACAAUUUUAAAUAAAUUUCAAUGGUGUUCUUAUAUAAUUAUUUUGUAUAUUUCCGACAAUUAUGAUAGUUAGGACACCAAACAAUAUAUGGGACAAACCUGUCUACGGAACACUAACAUGAAGAUUCAGUUCAUAUAUAUUAUAUAUACUAUAAUAUAUAAAUACUUCUAUAUCUUUAAUUUUUCAUUAAUAUUUAUGUAUUAUUCACAACCUCAGUCUGAAUUCUCAUUAAAAAUAAUUUCUCUAAAAAUAUUACAGUGUCACUUUGUGAUAUGCACGUGUUGCCUUAACUGUUGAUACAUCACAUAUUUUUUUUAAAUAUAAGAACAGUAGUAUACAAAUCCUUUUACAUCUCCGAUAAUAAGUAUUAUUGUUUGUAACUGCACUAUCGAGGAGUAGCUUAAAGACUAUGUCCGUCCAGCACUGCCUAUAUUAUCGAUAUCGAUAAACUAGUAUAGUUAUUUUUGGACUGUUUACGAGUGUUAACUUGGUUUUCUUGUUAAUGCACAGAGGGCGAAGUGUCGGAUUGCACAUCACAUCUCACUAUCGAGUCGAUUCGCAGUGAGACGUAGCGAACCAAUCACAUUGCAGUGUGAUUGCCGUUGCGUCACAAUGAUUCACUGUGAUUGGUUUUUGUGAAAUGUGAAUAGCAAAGUCGCACUACGCACACUUUUCUUGUUAUGAAUUAAGGUGCUUUAAAGUUAGCGCUCUCAAAGAGUGUUUGUGAAAUGUACAGUUACGUAUGAGAUUCGCAAUGUAUUGUACAGAAUUAUAUAUUUGUAUCGAUGAUUAGAUUUAGCAUUUUUAGUUUGUGUAGGUUGAAACCACUCUUGUUUGAAAUCGGUCCUGUUUUUAUACGGAGAUAAUUUAAACUGUGCUGUCUAUAUUUACUAAAGAAUCUCAACGAUACAUACACAAAAAUAAGAAGUCUUGGAAAAAUUAUUAUUUUUAAAAUUAAAGAUGGCAUUGGUAAAUGUAUUUAUUUAAAGAGAAUGCAGUGAGUAUAAUUCGUGAUACACACUAUCGCCAAACCUUGUCGGAUUCAUACAUUUUCGUUGCGGUAACUCGAUUCGUACAAACUACGCAUUGUUUAAACAUUCACGUCAGUAUCUACGGCGAUAGUGUGUAGCGGAAUAAUAUUAUGUAUGAUUUCAAGCGUGGUUUCAACGCAAAGGUGCUUCGUUUGGCCGCGUUUCGAAAUUCCCUAGUCACACGCGGACGAGGCGGCCGACAGUCUCACAUUCCCUAACUAACCUUAUUUUAAGCAAUCAAAUUGUAAACCGAACGUUUCGAAUGUACUUAAGUAAAUUAUUGUGUAGAUAUUUCCAUGUAAUAGUCUCCAACUAAUAUUAUUUAUAGUUUAUAUAGUUAAUGAUCCAUAUCAAUUUCAAAUAUAUUAAUUGUAUUGCAAAA